AUGUCAAAAAUAGUUCAAGCUGGAGAUGUAGCUAAAAAUAUACAUUUAUGGACAACUGAAAGUACGAGAUUUUCAUUAUUUACUGCAACAGAAAAAUCACCUGUUCUACUUGCUUUUUUUCCAUGUGCAUUUACUAAACAUGAAAAUAAAGUUUUAAAUGGUCUCAAUGAAAAAUAUAAUAAAUUAUUUAAAGAUUUAAAUGUUCGUAUUAUUGGUAUUAGUACUGAUACUCAUUGGACAUUAAAUGCAUAUAAAAUUCAAAAAACAAUUAAAUUUGAAAUGGCUUCAGAUUUUAAUAAAGAUGCAGCUAAAACCUAUGGAAUACUUAUGGAUAAAUAUUCAUCAUAUGGUUAUAAUGGUGUUGCUAAAGAGGCAUGUUUUCUUAUUGCAUUUGAUAAAAAAGAAAAGAAAAACUUUAUUGAAUAUAUGAAAGUAUUCGAUAAUAUGAAAGAUGAAUUUAAUCCAGAUAAAGUGGCUAAUCUUAUUAUGAAUAAAUGGGGAAAAAAAGCAGCAUCAAAAAAUGUCGAUGAUUGA